AGUCAAUCCACCUGUUGAUGACGAUUUGAUGUUUCUCCCUCGUCUCGCUACUAGUCUCGAACUAAGCUUCCACUGAAUAUUGCAACAACAGUAAAAGAGCAAGAGCAUCACUGAAAACUUCAAUAAGAGCAAUACAAUGGUUCGUUCUUCAUUCUUCGGUCCUGCAGGUUGGCCGAUGGUGUCGAUCAUGAGGACAGUGGUACCCUAUUGGGUCGUUCUACUCCGUGUCGGCAACGGACUCAAGGUUCAUUUGGUGACCAAAGUCGAGUUACAAGAAGGUACCGCAGAAGGAGAACAUCACGGGAUAAAACUACAGGUCGAAGAACAGCAACAGGAAGACACAACUAGACGGCAACAGCAGGAGCUAGAUGAGGCCAUCAAUAGAGAACAACCUCAAGCACAACAAGUACCUCAAAACAUACCUGGAACUGUAGUUCCGAAUACCAAUGCUGUUGCACCAGCUGCACAGGCACAACCUCAACCACCAGUCGUCGUAGGACCACAGUCUCAACCCCGAGGACUAGUCGCGGUACAACCUCCCGGCAAUAGCGAUGCAAAUGGAAACAACAAUGCACAACUACACGGACAAAUUGUGCGACAGUCUCCACCAAUACAAAACGUGCCAGCAGUCGGUUUUCCAAGUCAACCGCAGACAGGUGGCACCGCUCCAAAUCAAGUGCAGACUAGUGGGAUUGUUCCUAAUGGACAACUAGUACAACAAGUACCUGCGAACGCGGCCAAUCAGAUUGGUGGAGUUCCGGCACUACAACUACAGGUUCCCGCACCAGGACAAGUUGUUUCAUCACCAGUUGUCCCAGCACCUCAAGGAAUCCCAACAGCGGGUACAACUGUUCCUACAGCAGGGUCAGGUCAAGUAACAGGAACAGGAGCAGGGAUCGAGAUUAUGGGGUAGAAAUACUGGUUGUAGUUGUAUAUUUCACUGAAGAGUUACUAGGAACGAGAAUCAUGAUCAAGGGUAGCUCUUAUAUUCUUAACUCACUGACUAAAGAAAAGGAAAACACACAAGGACACAGCUUAACUUUCCUGAGUCUGCUCAAGUCUUCUAAGUUACCUCAAGUAGAUCAAAAAAGAUAUUUUUAACUAAACAAGGUGCUCCUCUACUUAAGACCACAGGAAGUAGUGUCUCGUGAAAAUGUCCCCACGACUAUGAUCCAACAUGUAGACGAAGAGGAAGAAGCACAGGGGUUAUUUCUCUUUCUAGUAAUUACGAUACAGAGGAUGAUUAUCUUGCUGCUGCUGGUCUUGGUCAGGGACGACUGAGGCACCAGGAAUCUCUUUCUAAUCUUCACGGUAAUCUCGCUGGUCAGGGAGGUGGACGUAUGCAGGGAAGAUCCUAUCCAGGGAGGAAAAGGAAGCAAGUCCCUAACGAUCCUGGUCUUGGGCCUAUGCCUCCAGGAGGAUGGGGAUGGCAUACCGAAACCUCUUCUGAUAUAAUCGUUACGAAACCUCUUCUGAUGUUAAUACUCGUGUUCUGAAGUAGGCGGGAUGGUUGUAUUUGUAACCUUUUCAGCUGAUAUGAUUAGUGUUACGGGACUUCUACAGUGAGGAUACCAGUUGUAACUUCUGGUGACUAUGGAGUCAUAGUCUUGAUGUUACAGGAGUUGAAGGGAUACUUAGUUUGUAUGGUUCUGGUAUUUGGUAACCUGAAUUUGAUCCUAAGGGUUCUCUUCUUGUUUUCCCUUAGGAUCGAACUCAGGUUACCAAAUACCCGAACUAUUCAUAGUUGUAACUUAAACUUGUUCUACGGGAGAGAAGGAUCGUUGUCCUCCCGUAGAUCAUGUUACGUUAGUAGAGAAAGUCUAGAUCUAGACUUGAAUGAUGUUCUAGACUUGAAUAAUGUUCUAGACUUGAUGAAUGAUGUAUUUAGUUCCUACGUAGUCAUAUAAUCAUCGUCAUGUUGGUCUACUAGGAGAUGUGGGAUGUCGUGGGAGGACGAAGUGGUCUAGGAUGCCAAUGAAUGAUCAAGGAGAACGAAGGAGGUACGUACUAAGGGAGUGCCGUUCCUAAGUAACAAGAACCCAGAUGAAUGAUUAAAAUCGCUGCUCCACCUCCAUCAAGAAUCUUCAGAGGAAUCCUCUAAGCACGCGGAAGACGAAGAACUCUUGGUGCCUCGCCUUUCGAGAUUAUGGUCAUCAGCGUUUAUCCAUCCUUGUUCCCAGGAUCCUCUUGGUGCCUUUUUGUUCCCCUGUAUUCUUCGCAAAUAGUAAUAAGAAUAACCCACAGCCGGGUGGGCGCAUCCUCAACAUUGGUUCGUCUCUGAUUUUCAGUUUCAGAUGGAUAUUUUAGAGGUGGAUUGUUGAAUUCGUUAAUAUAAGGGAACAGUGGACGAGAUGAGGGGACUCCUGAGAUGAGUAAAAAAAACCGACUCUAACGAAAGCGCGACCACAAAACCGGCCGAAUUUCGUGCCUCCACUCGCUGCUCGGUUUUUCAACCAACAGGAACGGAGCAAUAAAACUCCUGUUUUUAAGGCCUUUUUACAGUAUUUAGAAGCUUAGGUUGCUCCUGAUGCUGACCUUUGCGUUACAACCGAUAGAAUACGUAGACGUCCCUUUGCCCUUAAAAACUACGACGUAUCUAAGAAAUCAUCCGCACCUGGUUCACCAUCCGCAGCUGCGUCCCCAUUAAGGCCUUUGAUUCGUCAUCCUUGCUUACUCGCGCCAUCGAAACAUACUAACAAGCUUUGUAUCAUAAUGUCAACCAUUUUGCAAAGAGUAGAAUUCAAGUACCCCAAGAUGCAUGGACCAGAACUGGGAGGGUACCGGUACUAGAAGGGGUGGGAAAAUAAGGGCUUCGACAAAAAAGGUAGAAUUAUCGAUAAAAAAGGUAGAAGUAGAGGAAACGCAAAAGGUAGAAAUCGAGAAAAAUAGGAGCCUUAGAGAACCAAAAAAGGGGGAAAAAAGGUAGAAAAAGACGCAAAAGGGGCUUGGCAGGAGGUCGCAGCAAAAGGACGAAGGGCAACUUCUACAGAAAGAAGGGCUUGUCCAUCUUACUUGCAUAUGCACGCACACUGGGGGGGGGCGGGGGGAUCGCAAAGGGAGGGAGCGCACCGCAAAGCUCCUGCUGCGGGGGGGGGGCGGGGGGGUCGCAAAUGGCGGAAGCGCGCCGCGAAGCUCCUGCUGCCUGGCAGUUGCCCGCGCGCCUGCCUCUGGCGGGUGCGAGGUACUGCGGCAAGAGCGGGAGAACAUAGAGAAACGGAAGGUGCAGCAAGAUGCGCCAAGCCUGAGGGACCGGCCGCAGCUUGGUGGCAAUCCUGCCAGGACACUGCGCGGCCAAGCGCGCGCGGCUCCCCACCGGGCCCGGGCGCGCAUUGCACAAGCCACCGGGGCGCUGCGUUGGCAGUGAGUGGGGUGGAAGGAGCAGCCUACAAGAAGGGCCAAGGUCAGGCCCCCUAUUUUCCGGGCCCCUUCUGAUACCGCGGCCCCAGUUUUUCCCGGGGCCAUGUUGGCCCCAGUAUUUCCGGGGACCCCGCCAGAACUAUAAGGAACCCCGCGGAAAAAUAAGGACCCGGGAUUUUUGCGGCCCCGGUCCGAUUAAAGGGGGAAAAGCACAGGGGCCCUUAUAAUACAGGGGGCCCAGUUUUUCCGGUCCAUGCAUAUAUUACAUCCUAAGGUACUACAUUUACGUCUCCUUUUCCAACAUAAAAAUCUGCAUAACUACGGUAGGUUGUUCUCGAUGAAGGAGCAGGUUGUUCUCGAUGAAGUAGGUUAUUCUCGAUGAAGUAGGUUGUUCUCGAUGAAGGAGGUUGUUCUCGAUGAAGGAGGUUGUUCUCGAUGAAGUAGGUUGUUCUCGAUGAAAUAGGUUUUGGUAUUAAGAAACUAGUUUGAGUUUGUUGUUCUCCUUCUACCCCUCAACUACUCCUUAAAAAUUAGCUUUGGUUUUAUUCUUUCAAGGGAAGGGAAACUACACUCCUACCGCUGCACUUCUACCGCUAUCUUUCUAAGAUUCGAACGAUUUGAGCAGCAGCCAGCAGCGGGUCUGGUAGUUACUAAGCGUGCCCCUGACGGGCAAAGGGUGCGUGAGGUUGUUGCGCCGGCGAAUAUGGACAGUCUGGAGAUGAUACGGUUAUGGCCUGUUCCCUUAGCUCAUCUUGCCGAAACAAGAAUUAGUACUUUGACGUAACGCGAAGGACUAUCUUCUUAGACUACGUCGAAGUAGGAUCUGAGAGCCCUGCUUUGAGUUGUUUGCUCAUCAACCAUUCAUUCUCCGAGGGGAGGGGAUGCAUGUUAGGUUAAUAACUCCGUCGUGUUGUUAACUUUAAGCGGGGAAGUAAAUUCUUCUCUAAGGGGAUUCAAUAACCGGAUGAAGCAUAAGGGGCUAUUCUCUUAGACUAAGGGGAUGAAGAAUGAAAGGCUCAAAAAUUGAGUAGAUAUUACUCGUUUAGUAGUUCAUAAGAUUAAGAUGUUGAGGAGUUGUGGCAAGCGCUCCCCGCCUCUUGCAAUGAGAUCCAACCUUCUGCAAAACAAAAGGCUCUAAUGUUAAGGCUACAAGAUGAAAUCCAUCUUCGCCGGCAUCGAUCUUGGUCCCGUUUUUAAAGGGAAAAGGAUACCCAAGAUGCUGCCGAAGAUGGGUUUUGCUUGGUUCUAAUAAUAGGAACAACAGCAAAGAAUCAGGGACGUCAAGCCAGAUCAUUAGGUACAGCGCGUAGUAGUUUAGCGAAGCAAGACGAGGACACCCAUCUCAAGAAGAGGGAAACGGCUGACGCCAAUGAUGGAGAAACGGCUGACGCGGCCAAAAAAGAUGAGGCUGACGCGGCCAAAAAUGACGAAAGUUCCAGUGCCUCGAGCUCGAGCUGUUGUGUUAUGGUUUUCAAUCUACUCUACUAGUAGAUUGUGAUUUUUGAUUACUAGAAGUGUACUAUGAAUAGAAGUAAAAAAUACAUAGAUUUACAAGAUGAAGAACGUGCUACAGCAACAGCAUUAUAGUUGUUAUUUUUGAGACUACUUCUCUAGAAACCUUCUUCUAACCCCAGCGGGUCAACGGAGGAUGAGAACGCCAAGACUUCUGACGCAGAGAGCACAACUUCUAAGGCUUCUACUAGUAGGGAUCAUUCUAGUACUAGUGCCGCUAGUAGUUCUUUCAUUGCGUCGGGGACCGAGGGAACUGCUAUUGCUUCAACAGCAGCUUCUUCUCCUUCAGGCCUAAAGGAAGACUCCGCGUCCGCCACUUCUUCAGCAGCUUCUUCAACCCCACAACUACUCCGAGAGGACUCAUCAGUAGCCCCUACGUCAACAACCAGCAGAGCUGGAGGACCACUUACUAACAGUCCCGCAAGCAACGCCUUCAAAUCAAGUUUCCUUCACCUAGAAGAAGGACUUUCAACUCCUUCAUCUUCUGCAACUACACCCGGCGACGGGAGCGAUCAUAUUGUGCGCUCGGAUGAGAAAGGGGUAAUCCUAAAACUGAAGGAUGGUGGGUACCUCGUUACCACAGACGUCAAGAAAGUGGGAAGCGGAAUGUAUAUUUUUACAUCAUCUUUUUAUUUGGUCAAGUUCGAUGUGGAGGUUCAAGAACAAGUUCAACAUGAUUGAAGUGAAUAUGAACAUGAAGAUGAAGUGCUUAUAGAUACUUUUUCUUGCUCGAUAUGCUUGAUCUUAAUCUAUUCGCAGACUGUUCCAUCCUGCGCAAAGAUCCGCCUUCCCCAAAAACUACGUAUUCGGAUAUAAUAUAGAUACUUUUUGUUUUUUUUGAAAAUCUAACGAUAAUCUAACUUCUAUCAGGUACGUUCCUCCAGCAUCGGUCUCCACUAUGCAGGGCAGUCCGACUUUCACCGAGACAGGAGAGAUUAAGUGGCCUAGCGGUGUGCAGCCCAGUGGACUCGUCUCCGCAACAGAACAGCAACUUUUAAGGUUUCCCCUAUCUUCAGAAGCAUCUUGAAGCCUUCUGUCUCGUAAGGAGAAAGCAAGGAAGUAGCUUCAAGAUGUAUCUCAAGAUGGAUUACGUUGGGCUGCUCUAAAACUUUCCGAAGGGCGUACGCUCGUGGGCAAGACUUCCGAUGGGGAUGGAGCGCAGGGGAACGAAGGCACGCAAACAGAAGACGAGAAUCCAGGUUGCAGUCAAGUAUACAUUUAUGUCCACGGUUCAUUCUCAAGAACAAAAAUUUUUAGUCUUGAAAAAUAGUCUGGUUGAUGUACUUAGAGUUGCACUUGCAGUUGUUAGAGUUAGAAGACACUGUUCGACUUCUGAUUCUAAAAAAAAAACAUACUUAUUCCAAUUCUAAUUCCCCAUCGUGAUGAGCAUUGUGGUGAUUCUUGCGAUCAUCGCUUCCAUCGCUUUAUACCUCCACUACUCGGCCAAGGAGGCGUCGAAAGCGACACCGACAGGGACCAGUGCUUUGGAUCAGCCGGAUCUGGAACGUGGUGGAGGGGAUCGAAGUCCUGCGGAUCAUGGAGGAUCAAGUUCCGAAGAUCUGACGCUUUAGUGGGUACUUGGACUUGCUAUGCUAGUAGAAGAAGUAUCAACAAACUAGAGUCUAAGACGGUAAUGUCAAGGUUGGAAGGGAAAUGACACUUUGAUUAGGGGAUGAUGUAAAGUUCAUCUGAACUUUUAUUUUAGACUCGUAACUAGUGAAUGAACGUUCGAUCAUAUUUUUGAUUGAAAAAACUCACAACAAACUCGGGAUCAGAUACAGUAGAUACUUACUCAUAACUAGCACUUCCACAGAGACUUUCACUUAUCAUGAGUGUUACGAACGACUUUUUGAACUCUUCAUAAAUACAGCAGGCACGACAGGCAGACAUUCACCAUAACCAUGCAUACUCCACAGUUAGCAAUCCAAAGUAGACUCGCUAUCAUCUUCGCACAUUCCCCAUGAAACGCAUCCCGUAGUAUUCAGUUUUGCACAGCCUUAGUAAAAAUGACUCUACAUGGUAGAAAUAGAUGGACUUCUAACACGCAGUAGGUGGAGAACUGCUUACAGAAAGAAAAAUGAUUAUUACGUACUACUACUAAGCCUACCUAUUCAUGAUCGUCACAUUUUUUCAUCUUAGAAAUGCACCUUCAUCUUACAAAUGCAGAUAUUCUCAUUCUCCAUGUGCACCAAACAAUCGAUUUACCCCAAUAGAAACAUCCUCUCACACGUUUUCCCCUUAGUACUUCCCAUCAGAUCAUUAUGUCAUAGCCAUAAAAGAAACUAAGGAAUCAGGAAACGAAGAUGUGAAAACGAAGAAACACUAACAGCACACUCAAAGACGUCUCCUAGGUUUCAAAGCUAUCAACAACCAAGCCCAACGACCACGACUCGAGGCAAUGACCUACAACUAAUGACCCCUGCAGAUGCUGCUUCUCGUUUGCCAAUGUGACCCUCUCAUGUGACGACCCAUUCAAGAAAUGAUAGAAAUAGAUGUGAUUGACCCAGCACACCUCUGAUGAGCAUGAGACAUGGCACGCCCACUGCCACUCUAGAAACUCCUGUAGUGACCUCAUUCCGCCCACUUAAAGAGGAUAAAAAAACUUCCACACCA